UCGAUAAGAGGAUUGUCGCCGAAAAAGUAAAAUUUUCCCACAGAAGGAAGCCACUUUUAUUUACCAACCGGAAUUGGAUUGGCUGCGUGUGAUAGAGCGUCAUGAAGCUGAUCACGUGUGACUACAUAUCCGGUUGUUUCGCUGGUGCUUGUGGAGUUCUGGUGGGUCAUCCUUUGGAUACUAUUAAAACGUGGCAACAGUUUUCCAACAACAAAAUCGGUUCCUCAAUCUAUAACAUUAUAGUGCGUCAUAAUGGGCUUCGGGGUUUCUACAAGGGAAUGUUCUUUCCGUUUGUCACAAAUGGUGCUCUGAAUUCCGUAGUUUUUGCGGUAUACGGUGAUUACCUGCGGACUCUCCAAGCACGUUGCAAGUCGAAAAAGGAGCAAGAACAGCUCUGGCGAAAGCAUAUCUUGUACGCUGGUUCGAUGGCAGGAGCUGCGCAAGUUUUCCUGGCCUGCCCUGUAGAAGUGAUCAAAGUUCGUCUACAAACACUUCAAUAUAUUGGUCACCCGUGGCGCUGCUCCCGGGAUAUUUUUAUGCGCGAGGGUAUUUGGGGUUUAUAUCGGGGUUUCACGCCAAUGAUGUGCCGCGACGUGUUGCCAUACGGCAUUUACAUGCUGGUUUAUGAGUACAUGAUUGAUGUGGAAGAGCGGUUACAUCACAUGAAACGCAGCCGCCAGGCAGGAACGGGAAUCGGAAGUACAUACGAGGCAUCACUAAUAGCCACUGCUGGUGCCACGGCAGGAGUCAUAUCGUGGUUAUUUGUUGUACCCUUCGACGUUGUCAAAACCGUGAUGCAGUCCGAAACGGACCCCACGGUGCAUAAAAACAUGAUGCACUGCUUCAGGCGGCUGGUUAAGCGUCACGGAUGGACAUCACUGUUUCGUGGUAGUUGUAUGAUAAUUGCCAGAGCGGCUCCAGUGAAUUCCGCUACUUUUCUAGGCUAUGAAUGGUGUUUGGGGCAGAUUCACAAAUGGUUUAGUAUUGAUAGUAGAUAG